AUGUCUACAAAUUAUAAUUGUUCUGAAUGUAAAAAAUUAAAAAUUAAAAGCGAAGAUGAUGAUAAAAUCAUUACAAGCUUAAGAAAAAAAGUUAUUGGUCUACAAGAUGAUUUAUUAUUUGCUCAAAAAGAAAUAAUUGAAUUAAAACAUGAAUUAAUUAGUUCUGGAAAGCUUAAUUCUGUCACUCAAUCAAAUUAUGAUAAUCAUGAGAACCUAAGGGUGUACUUUUCAACCAAACAACAAAAGAAUACAGUAAAUGGUGACCGAUUAAAGUUAUUUUUUGGAAAUGUUGUAAAACCAAUAACAAAAAAUAUUCUUAUAAGUAAUGUUGAAGAUGCUUUUGGACGUGUAGUAGAUUAUUAUAAAGACCCGAAUUCGCCAUUUGCUUUUGUUUAUUUUGCCGAUGAAAAUGGCUAUAAUGCCGCGCUUAAUCAAGGAAAGAUUUUAAUAGAAGGAAUUAACGUUCGUAUUGAAAUGCCUUAUAAUCAAAGAAAUUAUUAUCAAUGA